CCAACCCUAGUCUUCCUCAACCAACGUUUCCUCACCCUCAAACUCCUCACGCCGCCGCGACUGCCGCCCCUUGCUCCCUGCUGUGGUCGUCAUCGUCGUCGCUGCACGUCGUCGCUGUCGCCGCGCCCCAUCGCAGCCGCCGCACGUUGUCAUCGUGCUGCCAACGCACAACAGCAAGCGCAAUUAGAUCUUCGAUUUAGGGUGGUUGUGAAAUGAAGAGAGCGGCUCCAUGGGAAAAAUCGUUGGAAAUAUCUUCAGAUGAUUCGUCUGGCUCAGAAUCUGAAGAUGGAGCACCAAGAAAAAAGUCACCUACAAAAGAUGGAGGUCCUCAAUCCAAAGAUUAUAUGUCAAAAGGUUCGUCUUCUAGAGGUUCACUUAUCAGAAGGGCAGAGAUGUAUCAGGAAUACAUGGGACAACUACACAUUCCUUCUAAAUUGGGCUCUGUCGUUCCUUACACUUCAUGGCAGGGAUUGGCCAAAUCUUUGAAACAGUUAUAUGGACAGCCAUUACACUAUCUCACUAACAUACUAAUGAAACAAUGGGAUGAGUCUAGGGUUGGCCACGAUAAGGAAAACCGACAUUUAGAUACCAUCAUUCAUCCUUCCAAAGCUGAGGCCCUUAUCUGGGUCACAGAAGAAGUCCACAGAUCUACCACAUCGCAUCAUUAUUUAGCCAAGCUUUGGGCUUCUGAUCCCAUGUAUCACAUCCAUAUUGAUCCUAUCUAAUAGUAAUCACCAAAUGCAACGUUCGGGCACUUUGCUAUUCCAUCUUUAAAGAAAAAGGAUUGCUCCUUUUGGUUGUCAUUUGUGUUUCUUUAGGAUAUAUUGAUAAUGUUCUUGAAAGGACUUUGUUUAUAUAGUACAUACAACAUUUGGUGAUGGUUUGACUCCAUGAACAGAACUCGACUCCAAAAAGAAGAAACCUGGUGGAUUGAACUUUGAAGCUUUAAGCAAGCAUGGUUAUCGUGGUGGACCUUCUAUCUUAAAGGUGCCUCCCCCAAGGAUCAAUGAUAAAGAGCAAGACUGGUCAUGGUCAACCGGCAGAGGAUCUGACGCAUC